AUGGAUCCCCUCUCCGCUCUGGGGCUGGCGGGGAACAUCAUUACAUUUGUAGAUUUUAGCUGGAAGAUCCUGGCUGAGGCGAACUCGAUCUACAAGUCGCCCACGGGCGCGAGCGAGGAGGCGGCUUUUCUCGAAAAGAUUGUCCGCGACGUCAAUGGACACGCCCACGCCCUCGCAGCGUUUCCCGGCGAUGGACAGCUUCGGGAGCUUGCGAACGAGACCAGGGCGAUUGCGUCGGAGCUCUUGAAUGGCCUUUCGAUGCUGCAGGCGCGGACGGGCCGGUCAAGAUGGAAGAGUUUCGUCGUGGCGUUGAAGGAAGUUUGGGGCCGCGAUAAGACGGAGUCGUUGUUGAAGAGGUUGCAGAUGCUCCAGGAGCGGAUCAAUAGCCAUCUGCAUUAUAUCGCGACUAAUGAGGUAUCCGGCUUGUCGAAAUCGAUCGAGGCGCUCAUACAGACCAACGAAAGACUCGAGAUCGAAAGCCGAGUCAACCUCUCGAAGCUCAAGACCGAUCUAAUCACAUGCAUCCAAGAUGCCGUUUAUAUGAACCGGAAAUCCGAGGCGAUAUUCGAGCGUUAUAUCCAAAAUAUGCUCAAAAAUGCCACAUUCAAUGACACCCGGACAUCGCCAGCCCCUCCAGCUCCGUUAGCAGAGGCAAGAAGGUUGGCAUCGACCGUAGACGAAUUCACAAAAGCGGCCAAAACAACCCAGGACGAUCUCGAUCUUCUCAAGAGGCUUUACUUUAGCAGCAUGUACACACGGCACCGAAAGAUCGAAGCCGCGCAUGAUGCCACGUUUCGGUGGGUGUUCCAAGAUGUCGUCCCGGGCCCCCCUCGCCGGCGCAUCAAGUUCCGGGAAUGGCUACAGACCCAGAACGGUGUUUUUUGGAUCAAGGGGAAGCCUGGCUCGGGAAAAUCGACGCUGAUGAAGUUCCUCUGCUUUACCGGCGACACGCGGCACCAUCUCGAGAAGUGGGCGCAGGGGGAAAGGCUGGUCAUCGGCAAGUUCUUCUUCUGGAACGCCGGAACGGACCUGCAGAAAUCCCAUCAAGGCCUCCUCCGCUCCCUCAUCUUCGAAAUCCUGCGCAAGUGCACGGGCUUGAUCCCGCUGGUCAGGGGCUUGAUGACGACAACGACGAUUGGGGGACAGGAAGACCUCGAGGACGAUGACGACGUGUUCAGCAGCGAGAAUCUGCUGCGGGUGUACGAGGCCAUCGUGAUGCAGGACGUGCUGCCCAUGAAGUUCUGCUUCUUCAUCGACGGGCUUGACGAGUUCCAGGAGGAGAGGCGGACCCAUACCGACCUCAUCAAGACGCUGCGCGAGAUGAAGCAUUCUCCCAACAUCAAGCUGUGCGUCUCGAGCCGGCCGUGGACCGUGUUCGAUGAUGAGUUCGGCGGUGAUUCCGAGUGGACUUUGAAACUCGAGGACCUCACGCGCGGGGACAUUGCCCGCUACGUGACUGACAAGUUCAACGAGCACUCUCAGUUCCAAACCCUCUCCAAACUCGACGCCGACUACUCCGACCUCAUCUACGAGGUCGUCGCCCGGGCCCAGGGUGUCUUUCUCUGGGUGUACCUCGUCGUCCGGAACUUGCUCGAGGGCUUCACGUACCACGACUCCAUCGUCACGAUACAGAGGAGGCUCGAACAAUUCCCGCCCGACCUCGAAGCCUUUUUCCAGCAUCUCAUCGAUUCUGUCUCCAGCGUGUACAGAGCCCAGCUCGCGCGGACCCUCCAGCUCGCCAUGCAUGCCAACAAGCCCAUGCUCGCCAUGUUUUACUCCUUCCUCGACGACGGUGAUAAGAAUGCUGACUUUUGCUUCGGGCUACCGCACCAGGAGCUCCGUCCUCGGGACAUCAACGUGAGGCUGGACCAGCUACGCCGGCGGCUGGACGGCCGAUCCAAGGGCCUUCUGGAGAUCGUUGAGCGGCACGAGCUAACCCCGGCCUUCCGCGAUGGUGCACCCGAUGACGGCGCAAGCCUCAAAUCCCCAUUCUUCGGUUAUAGUGUUGAUUUUCUCCACCGUACUGUCCGCGACUUCAUACAUCAGUCCCCGGAGGUGCAGACGUAUAUACGGCGCGCCCUCGUCAAUACGGACAAUAUCCACCUCAGGGCCUGCCACGCCUCGGUGGCCAUGAUGAAGGCCAUGCCACUUUACAGAAAUGCCAUGAGCCGGAGGUAUAUGUGCUACUUAGUCGAGGUGCUGUUCUAUUUCGUCUCGAGAGCCGCGGACGACCGAAUUCCCAACACCCCAUUACUUAAAACCCUCACCGUAGCGGAAGAUGUCUUUAACACCAUCUGCACGCAGCAGCAGUGGUCGAGAAGCGAAACCCACUUCAUCGGCCUUUGUGCGCAGGUCGGAUACACCCCGUACAUCUUGGAAAGCAUCCAACAGAACAAGAACGGGUUGACCACAUUGCCCGAGUCGCAUCCGUCCCGGCCCUUGCUAGACUACGCCCUGAUCCCACCGCACACAUCUAUUACUGUAAACCCAAAGACGGUGGAGCUAUUGCUCGAAAGCGGAGCCAACCCCAAUCACACACACUUCGGGGAUAGCACGUGGUCCCGUUUCGUGGGCGCGCUUGAUUGGAUGCUCACGGACGACAACAGGGAAGCCAUAUAUCGUGUCACGGAGAUGCUCAUCAUGCACGGUGUUGACAUGUGGGCGGUGGCAGUCGGACUCCAUGUACCGGUUCCGCAAGUUCGGCAAAUGUCCUGGUUCCCCGAUAUUCCUGAAAGGUAUCAGCUGUCGCCACCUCCGCUGUCGCGCAAGAAACCCGUCGUCGAAGUGCUGCAGAGCGUAUUUCCCGCCCAUGCAGCCGCACUUGUUCAGCUCUUUCUAAGGUCGAUACCUUGGCCCGCGCCGCCCUCAAGUAGGAUCCAUGAGGGUAAUGAACAAGACCACGAUGCGCUGAGAUCGAUGCAGCCUUUGGUAUCAGCUACAGAGGACGACAAAACUGGCCAGGAAAAUGAAGAGAUUGCCAUCUAG